CGCAGUCAGUCGCGUUACCCAUGAAACUGCUCCUGUACACGUACUCGGUGCUUGUGCAGCUGGCUGCUGGCGAUCUGAAAUUACACACCAUAGUUAUCAAAAUUUCUGUAUCGGGGUCAUUUCUCCUGCUUGGGCAUCAACACUUAAGUCCCUCAUGGUGGACGCAGUUCAGCGGGAAGCACAGUCCUCGAUACGGUCACUGAAACCACAACGAAAGGAGGCGGUCACAAGGAGAGGGUCUGUUUCAUCACAGCUCUCUCUCGCUCGCUCUCUCUCUCCACCUGAUUUCUUUUUCUCUCCCGCUCUUUGAGGGAACUAUCUGUUGAAGAGUGGCAGCAGGUUCAGCCGCUCUCUCCAUCCAAGGCGCAAGCAGAUACUUGAGGACCUCACCCUAGGGGAUCCUGCAUCCCAAUUAACAUUCAGACGAGCGUGGCGGUCGGCUGCCGCGGCACGUCAGCCGUCGCUCGGCCGCAGGGGUGCCUUCCGUUAGGACACUUUGUUUUCCCGUUACGGUGCCUUUUUGCACUCCUGUCCUCCCUGGCCCCGCGGAUGAGUCGCUGGACCAGCCCACUGAUGACCUGAGUGAGGAGCCUGGAGAAGAGUCCAGAACAGAGAGAAGAACCAAAAGCGGAACCUUGAGAAGAUCCCAGAGCAGAGCCAGGAGCUGAGGCAGCAGCCCAAAGAGGAACAGAGAGAGAAGAGCUGUGCGAGAGACUCAGAGGGCAGAGAUGGGGGCACUCAUGGUGAUCUUCUCCUUGCAGCCCAAACAGAGGAACAAACGAACAGACAGCGUGGAGGAUGAGCUGGAGCUGUCUGCCGUGCGCCACCGACCCGAAGGCUUGGAGCAGCUUGAGGCCCAGACUCGCUUCACCAGGAAGGAGCUGCAGGUCCUGUAUCGGGGCUUCAAGAAUGAAUGUCCGAGCGGAGUCGUCAACGAAGACACCUUCAAAGACAUCUACUCCCAGUUCUUCCCCCAGGGAGAUGCUUCGACGUACGCCCACUUCCUGUUCAACGCCUUUGACACGGAUCACAACGGAUCUGUGAGUUUCGAGGACUUUGUGAUGGGACUGUCUAUUCUGCUGCGUGGUUCAGUUCAGGAAAAGCUCAACUGGGCAUUUAAUCUCUACGACAUUAAUAAAGAUGGAUAUAUAACGAAAGAGGAGAUGCUAGACAUUAUGAAAGCCAUCUAUGACAUGAUGGGAAAAUGCACGUAUCCAAUACUGAAGGAGGAGGCACCAAGACAACACGUAGAGAUUUUCUUCCAGAAAAUGGACAAAAACAAGGACGGUGUGGUGACCAUAGAUGAGUUCAUUGACUGCUGCCAGAACGACGAAAACAUCAUGCGAUCCAUGCAGCUAUUUGAAAACGUCAUUUAAGCAGAGCCGGAUGCCAGGGCCCCUUCCUCCGGGACAGUGUUUUUCGCAAGACCUUUGGCUCCAUACCGCAUCACGUCAUCACGCAUGCCGGGAUGCGCAAGUGGGCAAUUAUGCAAAAUCAGCUUGUUUCGACCGUACAUCUACAAAAUGUUGAAUCCCGUUCACCCUUUAGUUCAUUCUCUUCCCCGAAUAGCCCACAAAUCGUCCUUCGUCGUUUUGUUUCUCAGAAGGGGCGGCAAGAGAAAAUGCUAACUUUUUCAUGUUUGAUGACGGAGUUUCAGUUUGAUCAACCUAACUUCCAGGCCGACCUUCUGCGUUUGUGCUCAUAAUGGCUUGGUGUUUCACCAGUCACAGUCUGCAUGGUUCCCUUCCUUUACUCUGUUUUUACAUCCUGCCUUAUCUAAGUAGUAAGUUUAACUGGUCAACUGGACUUUUGGUUGUGCGGUAGUUUUACAUUCUGCAAACAACACAACCGGCCUCGGAAACCGAGGUCUUCUGAACCGCUUUCUUCAGCUCGGUCCGAUUACUGUGCUUGUUCCGCCUGCCGCCUGUUCCUCCAAGAAACUUCCUCCACCAUGUUCAUCAGCCUCUAGGCCCGUGUCAGGUAGAAAUAGUAUAGCGGCAUGUUUAUAAAAGUAUUUUCUCCGUCGCUCGGGUUGAUCAAACUUGAAAUUUUACGAUCUGUUACUCCACUCUGGAUGGACUGCAGGGGACACUUUUUCUACACUUGUAGAUAAUGAAUAAAUGAAGUGAUGAACUUGUUUGCAAGCUGUUUUCUGUGUAGCGAGGCAUACGAAGCACAGUUUUGGGGUAUGUUGUGUUAGAUACGAGUGUUGUCUGGCCAACUGAAUUUAUGAAAAGUCACAAUUCAGUCUCACUGUAUUUUUUUUUCUUUCUUUCUUUUGUUUUGUAGCGUCUGCCAAGCAAGAUGUACCGUGUUCUCAAAAUAGGAGAGAUGUGGCAGGGCAACUUAUGGAUGAAGUGAGACUUUUGGAUUUACUGUAACUGUGCGUAAGAGUCUGUAAGGAGGAUAGAAAUUGUCACUGACGCAGUCACUUCGAGAAUAUUCCAGAACAGGUCAGCUCUUUACUUUUCUACAGCCUUGUGAACGACAAAUGUACAGCAGUCACUCUGUUAUUUUACGCAUUAAAUAUACUGACUCCCUGGGGUAUUGACAGUCGAGUCACAAAGAUACACAGUUUUUAGUGUUUAUUCUUGUUUGAAUUGUCUUCAUCGAUCGAGUUCUGAAAAUCUCUGUCUUCUGCAGAAUAAACGCCACUUGUGUUUAACCCCCGAGCCAAUAGAUGGCAGUAAAGAGCCUCCGAAAUAGAAGAGGCGCGAAAGACCGCCUUAAUUCCGCGUUUACGCUCAGUGUCUGGUGUUCUAGGAUCACUAACGACGUAAGGAACGUUGAACGUUGAUGUUUAUUUGUUUUCAUUUCAAUACAUCUUGAACUUAAUAAUUUAAUUAAUGAAAUUAUAAAUAGCAACAUUUCAUUAAUGUUAGGACCAUUUGUGUUGUUAAGCCUUUAUUGAUCAAUAGUAGUAAAACUGACUUUGGAGUUACAAACAAAAAUACCAAAAAACACAUCUUAGGUCCGAGUUGUGUGUUUAAGAUGAGGAGCUAGUGUACAACAUUAGAAUGGUAAUUUGGGCAUUAACUAAUAGUAAUGUUUAUUUGCCGGUUACAGUGCCACGCAGUUGCUUUAUGUGUAGUUUGGAUAACGAUGUUCAAAAGCAGCUCGCUGUAAUAUUACCUGCGUUAUGUGGUUAUGGAAUAAGAUGAGCAAAUGUAAAGGAAAGGGUGUUUUUUUUUUUUUCUUUUUUUUUAAGAAACAUAUUCCUUGCUUUGCUCAGCCCCACAUCUUAGCCCAACAGUUUUGGUGGCAUUGGUGGAUCGGAGCUACUUAUCCUCCGUCAUUUCCAAGCGUGUCCAUCCACCGCAGGACAGACGGACCAAGAACAGGCACGCGGCACAGCGCGAUCCCACCGCCUCCCCUUCACAUUUUUAUCUGAUUUCUCUAAUUCUCCUGCAGGAGAUAAUUACCGCAACUGAGCCAAUGUGCGUUUGAGUGGAGGGUGAAGUCAGUGGGUUCACACUAAGCCUUGAAACAACGCGGGCCUAGUUAACGGUAUCCAUACUUAUUAAAAAGAUCCAUAUUUAAAAGGUAUUUUCGCUAAUAACAAAGGAAAAUGUCGUCUGAGCCUUAUUAUCACGAUUUGUAUCUUCAAACUAAUUUCAUUUACUUUCAGCAGUUCUGUUUGGAACUAUUGAAAUGCUGUUUAACUGGCGUAUUUUCACAUUAUUAGGAUAUUAGAGUGUGUUUUACACGCUUUCUGAACCAGGUGUGGUCGGAUUCAGUGUGUUCGCUGUAAAGCAGGUGUGUUUCGACAGCGUUUGCUUGGCAUUUGCGCCCCCAUUAGGACAGAUGAGAGAACUGCAGGAGCUGUGCACAAAUUACAUGGUUAAGGAAAAUAGUUCUUUAACCACUUUUGGUAGAAAUGUAAAUAGCACUGAUGCCAAACCCCUCCCCUUUGCAUACACAAAUAAGUAACCAUAGCAACAGGUCCAUUCGGUUAGAAAGUAAUCUGAGUUGUACCAUUUCCACCCACUUGCUGCCCAUGCAUACAAGCACUUCGCAUCAGAUAACGAUAGUGAAAUAUAUUUGUACAGAACCGAAUUAAUAAAGUCAUUUAAAGAAAUUUUUAAAGGCAGAAAGAAAUCCAGCUCAAGAAUUAAGUUUCCAUUACCUUCUCGACACCAACCAUGUUGUGAAGGUGCUGAUUGUUAAACACCGUUGACACAAUUUGAAAAGCUACAGAAUCUCAACGCACCAUCGGAUGAAAAUUAUUCGGGCCGUCUGGGAACAUGUUCGGUUUGUACGCUGGGUGCAAACAGUACACAAUAUGUAAAUGUAAAAAUAACAAACCUUAAUUGUUUAAGUUUCCAUUGA